UACAAAGAAGUGGCAGGCCCCCAUUGGUUUAAGCUGGGUCUUAUUGCCACCUGGUUUCCUCCCCGAAACUGCCCACACCCCAGUCCAUACAGAGCCCUGCCCCACCACUGAGAGACAAUGAGGUUUCUGCUGCUGCUGCUGCUGCCGUUUACUGGCUGGGCCCCCCCAGGGAGCCUUGGACAGGGAAUCCCCCAAGAAACCAUCACAGCCACAUCCCCUCAUUUUGAUGAAGAAGAAAAAUAUUCAACCCACAUGCCCCAACAUCUGCGCUGUGAUGCCUGCCAAGUCAUUUCUUACCAGAUGUGGAAGCAUCUGACUGAAAUGGAGACCAAGCAGCUGAGCCAUAAGGCCGAGGGGGCUUCUUUGAGCGAGUCUGAAUACACCGAUGUCCUGGAGAAAAGCUGUUCUCAGAGUUGGAAGAAUUACGGGGUCCGAGAAGUAAACAAGGUGAAACGCUUUGUUGGCCCAGGGUUGGACGACGACGACAUGGUGGGCAUCAGUGUGAUGAUAAGUGGAGGCCCGUGGCCAGGCAGGCUCUUUAAGAUGUGUCAUAACUACCUGGGAGAGCUUGGCGAAGAUCAGCUGUAUGGGGAAUACAGGCAAGGGGGCCGAGAGGCCCUGGAGAGGCUGUUGUGCAAAGACACCUGUCCAGAAGAGGAGAUGUCUGGCCAGGGGGAGUUCCUCCGGAAGGAGCUUUAGCUUCCCUCAUUCAGGAGAGAGGUCUUUGUGGACCGAGGAUGUGGGUCCAGCUGACCUCUGUGAAUAACAGGACUUUCUCUCCCUUCAGUUUGCAAAACCCACAGAAGCCUCAUUUCCGGGAACCACCUCCAUCCUUGGCUCUGCUUGGAUGAAGGCCCUUCCUCAACCCUCCAGGGGGAGGGGGGAGGGAGCACUCUCUCCCGGGGCCCUGGGUGGAUGAUAAGGGAAGCCAGAGUUGUAUCUUAGACUUCUUUCCCCAUCUGUGAAUUACAGAUCAUAUAUCUCCCUUUUGUCCUCCCUCUCUCCCCUUACCCUUACCCCUUCUUCAUCCCCUGACUCUUCCUCUUCUUCCUUCUCUUCCCCAUUAGGGUGUCCUGGCUCCAGUUUCUGAUGGGGGAGGGGCAGGCAGGAGAGGAUGUUUUGGGGUCUUGCAGCCAUCCUGUCCUAUUAUCAUCUGGUCCGCCAGACUUCAAUAAAAUAAAAUAUCCUCUCCAUUUUCUUCAAUGAUCCUCCAAGAAUAGUAAAAGCACUCACAAGGACAUAA